GAGGAACGAUAGCCACUCAGAGCUCGAGUUGGUCUCAUUAAGACAGAGAGCCCGUGUCAAUCAAAACUUACUGUUAAUGACCUAUUGUGGUUCGCGCCUUUGCUGACUGUCGAUAUAGGGCAUUGACGAAGGAGACUUAGAGAGGAAGUCGGAACCCUAGCAUAGGUCUUCAGACUCAGCGAAAAUGAAAUUGACUUCCUGUCUUUGAUAUACUGCUGUGGUCGCUCGUGGAUAUAACGUUAUUUCAUAUCGUCAUGGCAAGGAACGCCAGAGGAUUUAUCGCCGCCAGUGUUUUCUUGUCUUUAUUUCUGGCCAUUCUUGCAAGACCGAAAGAUGGAGCGUGUCCUGAUGGUCAGUAUGGCGUCUCCUGCGAGAAGAACUGCGGCAUGGGCUGUCGCAACAACUGCAACAAGACUUCGGGGGCGUGUAUAGGAGGGUGUCUGUCAGGAAGGAGCGGCGAGUACUGUGACGUCAGGUGCAAGAAGUACUACUAUGGCAAGAACUGCUUGAGAAGCUGUGGUCAUUGUCAACGCGACAUCACCUGCGACCCGACAUCAGGGGUAUGCCACAACGGAUGCGUCCCCGGCUUCAGGGGGAAAGGGUGUGAUCAGCCAUGCGAGCCGUACACAUUUGGCCGAGAGUGUAAGGGAAAGUGUGGUUACUGUCGGCGUCGUCAGACUUGUAACGCCGUCACGGGUGUGUGUAGUGGAGGGUGCGAACCUGGAUGGGAGGGACAAAGAUGUGAGCAGAAGUGCCCGCCAGGGACGUACGGUAUAGACUGCACACUGCUUUGCGGGGCCUGUAUCGGCCAGACGUCCUGUGACCACGAGACUGGGCACUGUCUUCAAGGGUGCGAGCCGGGGAGAUUAGGGUUCAAAUGUCUGCAUAGUUGUCAACAUGGAAGAUAUGGAGAAAGUUGCCGUGGUGUUUGUGGGCAAUGUCUGAAAGGAACAUGCGACCACGUGACCGGGGAAUGCGCAGACGGAUGCGCUAGAGGAUGGAGUGGAGAACGCUGCCAACAUGAAUGCGUACAGGGUCAGUAUGGCACCAACUGUACCCUGAAAUGUGGCCACUGUCAGAACAGCUCCCUCUGUGACCCCAUCAAUGGCAUCUGUUCCCGGGGGUGCGCGCCCGGCUGGAAGGGUGUCUUCUGCCAAGAUGAGUGUGACCCCGGGUUCUAUGGCGAGGACUGCAAGUUUCGGUGCGGGAAGUGUGCAGGGGGACCAGAUUGUGACAAGGACACGGGGUCAUGUCCUCAUGGUUGUGAGCUGGGAUGGACGGGACGGAGAUGCGCUCAAGUGAUGCUGCAGAAGGCGCUGCCGAGCACGCUGAAGCCCGUGCUGCCGGUGCUGAUCGUGUCCCUGGUGGUUAUCGUGCUGGUGCUGUCGUCCACCAUCCUCUACUUCAUGGUCAUCCGACCCAGAAGGCUGGGGCUGCCUAGCAGACUGUACAGGCUUACACACGGAGCGGGUUCCGAGCAGUCCUCAAAUACAUACGAGAUCAUUCAGGGGAGUCCCUUAGAGAUCCAACGCUCCAAUCUAAUACUGACCAAUGACCAGCUAGGCAACGGCCAAUUCGGACAGGUCAAGAAGGGUUUCGUCAAGAAGGAAAGAGGAGUCAAGGUCCCUGUAGCGGUCAAGUCCCUUAAAGACAACGCCUCAGACAAAGAUAAGCGAGACUUCCUGAAUGAACUGGCGAUACUGAAGGCGGUGGGAAAACAUGAAAAUGUCGUCUGCCUCGUCGGGGCAUGCCAUAUCAGAGGGGUGAUGUACGUAGCGAUGGAGUACUGCAAACACGGUGACAUGCGGACCUUCCUCCGCCGGAGUCGCAAGAUGAAGAACCACACCUACUCCAACACUGACCACUGCAGUACCCUCCGGCUGACCACACUCAUCAAGUUCGCCCUGGACACAGCAGAGGGGCUGUGUCACCUGGCUGAGAAACAGAUCAUACACCGUGACGUUGCUGCUCGUAAUGUGUUGCUUGGCGACCAUCUGGUGGCCAAAAUAGCAGAUUUUGGACUUUCCAAGAAUGAUGAAACUUACGUCAAAACAUCUAGUACCCGUGUUCCAAUCAGGUGGAUGGCAGUGGAAUCCUUGUUCAGCAACACUUAUACCACACAGAGCGAUGUCUGGUCAUUCGGCAUCCUGCUGUGGGAGAUCUUCACACUCGGGGGCACACCCUACUCCAGCAUCGACACACAACAGCUGUUUACGCUGCUGAAAGAGGGCUACAGACUCAAGAGGCCGAAGCUCUGCGAUGACAACAUGUACGCCAUGAUGCUUCAAUGUUGGAAUGAGAGGCCGGAAAGGAGACCCACGUUUCAUGAAAUCAUCGGAAGGCUCCAUAGAAUAUUAGAAGACUCACAGGUGUACAUGAACCUGACUGCUGAUGACGAAUCCCUGUAUGCAGAGAUAGAACACGUGAAAGAUGCCGAGCGAUCGCUGGACUAGACGCUUAUACAGUAGACUGAGUACCCGGCGUCUAGUGAGGUCUGAAGGGAUGAUAGAGAGCCAUUCCCUAGACAACACAAGACACAUCGCCAUGUAAACAGAGGGGUAUAAGAAAGUGUAUCGAGUUUGAUUUUCAUGUAAUUAAAACAUAAAAGAACUGUUGUUAAGUUAGAUUAUGUCGAUUUAAGCAUCACUCAUUCCUGCAACAGUUUAUAAAAAGAAACCUGUGCGUUGGUAAUUUUAAGUAAAAAUAUAUUGGUUCGAUGAAGACUAGGGUAAGAAAUGAAUUUGCAACCACAUGACCACUACCAUGUUUGAAAUGUAAAUUUCUGCGGAUUUUUAUUAUUAUUGAUUUUCAAAGAUAAGAUG